CGUGGUUUCGCCACAUGCAAGAAGAGCGAUAAGCAAAACGGAGAUAUUAAAAAAGGAUCAGGCGGAUAAGGAUUUUUUCCGUAGCUGUUGUAACAUGAAAAGGGAACAACAACCAUAGGAAGCGGAGCAGUAGAUCUGAGCGAUUUGAAAAAACAAGAACCUCGGAGAAAAGAACCCCUGUGGCGUGUCGUCUGUCGUCGGGUGAGUAAAUCAUUCGUCGCGUCCUCGCGCGCUCUCUACUUCAUCUACGCACGUGCUGGACGGGCGAAGCGAAUAAGAACGAAGCCGACCGUUUUCGUCAAGGAUCAGCAUGCCGUCGUUCUACAAUAAAAACGACUGGGACGAGAGCCACGCGUCGCUCGGGUACUCGGAUCGCAACGGCCAGGGCCGCAGUCUGAAGGAGCGCGACUACUUUGACCCCGCGAUAGCGGCGCGGCACAAAACCGGAAUCGACUACCAAGACAAGACCGGUGUACGCUUCUCGGAGAAGCGCCGCUCGACCCGGCAUUUCUCGGUAGACGAGCACCUGCAAGCGAAGACGAGCCGCCCCAAAUCCCGACAGCACGCAGAGAUGUAGAAAAUAGAAAAUUGAUGGGAGAAGAACAUAUGUUUCAUGGAUUUUUGUGAAGGUCAUGGUCUUGUAUAAUUUGUUGUGCUUGCUAGUAAGUUGUCCCUGAUCUUCGAAUCUUUACCUCCACAGGUCCUGGGACGGCCGGUGGCAUAUCAAAUGCAAAUAUGUAGUCUGGGUCUGGAAGGAUUCGAACUUGUGAUGCUUGUUGCGGAUUCUACAAAGCUCUGUGAUGCAUAACGUGCAAAAGGUGCCCACUUCUGGCCAUGCUGAGAGGGCAUUUCUCAUGCAGAAUACACAUCACCAAGGACCUGCAGAACCUGUGAUGCUAGGCCCUGCAUUCCAGACGUGGGGGAGCUUGGAAAAACUGCAUGACAAAUCUCGGAAUAUCCCAGACCCAGACACUUUUACAUUUGAUAUGGCACGUGUUUGGGCAAAUGGCGAACUCCGACAACAGAAAUCUGAAUCCGAACUGCUAUUGACAGGAAAAGUCCCCCCUCCCCAUAUUGAAAAGGUAUGUUUCCGAAAAUUUGUGUUGCUGAUUUGUGACCACAAAUCAGGUUUGUCUUUCAAGAAGACAAGUGCAGAGGCAUCCGACCAAUUGCGGAAGCGAUUUGUCAUGCUGCUGGUCCUAGAGGGUAGCCGUUUGCAAUGCUGAACAACUAGACCCAAACGCUCCUACCUAGGCUGCGGAUCUGGCCGCAGUGCCUUACUGCAAGACAAGUCGGAUCUGUGUACGCAAAUCCAGCAUCAGAAACUUCGUUUUGAUAUGGGGAGGGGGGAUGUUUCCUUUUGAUAACUGCCGCCACUACUUCAGCAGGCCGGGGUAUGGAAGGGGAAUGAUUUAGAUAAGUGUGUCUUUUGGAGGUACUGGUUUUGUUCGUGCAGUACCUUUUGUAGCGAACUAGAGGGUCAUCUCGUAGUUAGUUGUAGUUCUUGUUCAUCUUUCCACAGCAGCCACCAGAGGCGAAAGUUUACAAGGUCGUUCGACAGAAGAUGCGCUAGACAUGAGAAAGCUAAUUAUACAACGACAAGCUAAGAUUUAGGGGACAGUGAUGUAGUUCUAGUAGAUGACGUAUUUACAUCAAUUUGCCUUCCGCGUCCAUACUUAUCUGGAGACUUCGUACCGGGUACGCGAGCUGCCCAGCCCGGCCCGGGACUGGACCCCCCGCGGCGAAGCCACCUCCAUUUUCGCGCCCAACUCCAGCUAUUUCAAGGCGGAAGGCGGUUCUUCCAGUUCCAUCAUGAAUCAAGGUACAAUUAAUUUUCUGUACUGCUGGACGAUGAAGCCGUCUUCUUUAAACAAAGUCUUCAGCAGGACUUUAUUCUCGGGAUAGGAUCAUUUCUUGAUGUUUGAGUUUGCAUCGUUCGCAUGUAGUUGGCAAAGACCACAGACUGACGGGUGUAAGAAGUACUUAGCUCUCUACAACUUCUUCGAUGUCGGCUCCUGACUGCGCAUCACAAAAAAUCGAGUCGAAACUUUUGAAAAGUGAAAAUAAUAUCGAAAGGUUCCGAGUCUCCGUUGUACCGAGCGCUGCAGUAUCAAAUGCAAAAAUGUCUAGGUCUCGAAGGAUGUGAAGUUGUGUUGCGCAUUUCACAACACACAGAAAUCUCUCAUGCAGAGGCAGCAAAAGAUGCCCACUUCUUGUCACCAAAGGAAGCGCGGGAUUUGUCAUGCGGAUUAGGUAUUGCAGGACCUUCACCUUCUCGAAAUCUGUGAUGCUAGGGCUACCAUGCAAGACCUUCUGUGUCAUGCGAAAACAGCGUGGCAUCCUCCAGCCCCAGACAUUAUAUUUGCAAUGCAUAUGCAGAGCAAACUGGCCGAGAACACCAGCACCUACAGUCAGCAGGGCAAGUAUGGGGGUGUCAGGAUUGAAAUCGUCACAGUUGAAAUAGUUUGUGAUGCAUAAAAUCGAUACCAGUUGGAAGCCCAAUUUCCAAGCCGCGCAUGACAAAUUCGGGUAGAGCCGGAAUCCAGUUUGUGUUGCUGUUUGGGUAAGGGGGACGCCUUUUGUCAUGCUACUUUAGCAGCUCUAUUUCUUUUUUCAGGCUCACAGUCUGCCUGUCUUGCCUACUCUGCAAGACAGGCAUUUUGUGGGUUGCAUUUUCUGCAUGACAACUUUGACGAUUUCGAUUCUGACGCUUCCAUAGCAAGAACUCCUCGCGUUCCUUGAGCAUCCUCAAGCCGCGGGGCAAGAAGAAGCCGUCGUGGGACAUGUCGUUCGCGACGCGCCCGGAGUCGCGCCUGAACGUUUUCCGCGACCCGAACACCCGAGUGUAUUUCGGUGCGUUACCGACCCGUUACUCGAAGGAAUGGUUCCAAGGAGACGACUCCAGGUGAGUAUUACAAAAAUGAAAUUAUUCAUCUGUAGAAGUGAGCAGGAUGCAAAAAUACAAAAACACAAGUUGGGUAGUUGUUUUUUCUGCAUCACAAAGAACCGUGACAAAACCAAACCAUAGGUACACGUCCCAGUACGCACCAAAGGCGAAUCCGUAUGUGCCGCGGCGCACAUAUGCGAGGAAAAUAGACUUCUAAAUCGUCUGAUUUGCUAUCUGCGAACGAGACCUACAUCCAGGCCUUUCCAGUAGUUCGAUAUUAUAACUUCUCAUUUUAAAAUUCGACGCAUGAGGGUCAGGGUCGUGAUGAAGCUCCUAGUUGUGUAAGUAUCAUGCAAAAAAUAAACUGGUCAUGGUCUAGAUCUGUAGAACUAGAAGAAAAGAAGAGCAAGCCGACCCUCGGUCGCUUGUUUAUUGCAACUUCGCAGCAGCCACUUACAGGAUGAGGCGGUUUGUUUUUCCUCACUUUCAUAACAGCCGUAGUUUGGAUAUGGAAGUGUCAGGUUUGAAAUCGUCAAAGUUGAAAUACUUUGUCAUGCAUAAAAUGCAGCCCACAAAGUGCCUGCCUUGCAGAGUAGGCAAGGGAGGCAGAUUGCAAGCCUGUUGAGGGGUAGAAAUAGAGCUGCAAAGUAGCAGGACAAAACGCGUCUUCCUUACCCAAACAGCAUUACAAACUGGAUUUAGGCACCACCAAAACUUGUCAUGCGCCACUUGGAAACUGGGCUCCAACUGGCAUCCAUUUUAUGCAUUACAAGUUAUUUCAACUUUGUCGAUUUCAAACCUGACACAUCCAUAUUGGACAAGGCGCUGCCAAUGGAGGGAUCCUUCACCGUGACAACCACACUUAUGUGGAUGAAAAAAAGUAGCUGAAAGUCGGAAAAUUUCAAUUUGUCAUGCAUACACGGUAGAAAUCUCUGAUGUGAAAAUGGAGAGACACGCAAUACAAAUUUCCGACCUCCUUCUACAAGUUGUUUUCACCCCUAUACCCGCCGGAGACUCUUCCAGCUCCAGUCCGGAGGACGACAGCACGCUGGGCGGGGGACAGACGGUAUACAGAGUAUAUCUUUGUCAUGCGGAGCUGCGUGAAUUUUUUUUUUGUGCUUUCUCUGCUUGAACGAUAGGAGUUUCUCUGCAUGAUCCUAUUUCAGGCUACAUAGCAUAUGGCAUCAAAAAAAGUAUAGUGUGUUGAAACUCCAUAUGACUUAUCAGGACAUUUCGCGUUUUGAGGAUUCCCGUUCCGUGCUGGUGACCACGCCCCCGACCACCGCAUAUCGCAAAAAAAAAAGUGCUACAGCUAGUACCCAUUGUGAUGAUGUUGCAGGACCAGCAAGACACUUGUCAUGCACAAAAUGCUCCUUGCAGGCCUCGUUUCGUACGUGUUUUUCCUUGUGAUCUACUCUGCGCGCAACAACAAGAGUUGUUGAUAGGUUCCAGGAGCAUACUCAGAAGUUGUGUGUCACUGUGUAGUACACUUUUUUCGUGGGAUACGCAUGGACAGCAGGGGACCUCCACCAGCAAUCCCUACAUGCGGAAGAAGAAGUCCAACCAGAUGGACCGCAGCCGGUCCGAGGGGUUUGGCGAGCCGCACUGGCACGUGCACGGUCUCCUGUCCAAUGACAACCCGCGCUUGCACCCGAACAACCGACACUACUUCUCCCGACCGGGACUCGCGGCGGGCUACCGCCAGCGGGGAAUCAGCCGCUGAUAGAACAAUAUGCAGAGGAUCGGAGAAGUAGAGUGUCGUGCUGUGGGUCUUCAUCGUCGAUUACUAGUCGGUAUGGGAUCGAAGUAGAAAUGGUUUCUUUUCAAUUGGAGGUCAGAAAAUAAUGAUAAACCCUGAUGAUAUAGCGAACUUUUUUUGUAGAAUUUAUGUUUCGAGAAAUGCUUUUAUCAUUUUCGGCCCGGUGCUAUAAGAUUUUUAUGGCUCUUGACGUCCCACUACAAGAGGCAUAUUUACGACACUGCUAGCAAUAGCUUCCAAGAAAGAACUGCUCUAGUACUAAUAUUAAGGACGCUUAACAAAGUUGUCGCUCCUUAGAUGACAACUCAAAGAUGAAUGAUUGAAACUCACUCCUACAUCUCGUUUUCCAUUCGCCUUGAUCCACAGUGAGAGUCAUGGGUUUGUUUUUACCUCAUGAUUUUUGCGCUUCCGAUUUGGAACCCCCUGAACUUGAAUUCCUUUUGCAAUGAACUUUAUUACGGCAAAGCACAACAGCAGUGUUAUAAUUGUUAACUUGCAGUGAUGCGAUGAUUGAAUCCAGAAGAUACAACCAGAUGAAUCGACUACAAAACCAAGCCUCUAUACUACUAUUCCAAAAGUUGUAACAGAACAGAAAUAAACGACUACAAACAAACUGCUUAUUUCUUUCCUUUUCUCGCGAACUUUUCACCACUCUUUUUUCGAGUUGUAAGCCGUGUCUCGCGAAUCCUAAAUUUGUAUCGCACCAGAAUAAAACCCUUCCUAGCUUUUCUCCCACCUUCCUGAGUUUUUCUAUCGCAGGGGAGGAGCACUGCCGAAGCAAGAGAAGUAUUACCGACGAAUGCUAUUCCUAUUGCACAGGAGAAAAAAAAUGCACAUACUAAUCGUGGUGCCCCGAUGAGCUUGGCGCCGCUUUUUUUCGGUGACCUAAUUUGACAAAUUUAUUGAAUUUUCUAUCUUGACUCUGCAAUUAAAACAUUUUAAAAACCCGCGCAGGGCGAUAUACUGCUCAUCUAAGUAUCUUUUCCGAUACUUACGCGCGCCAACACUGGUUUAUUUGGAUAUUUUUGUUUCUUUAUUGAAAUGCUUGCCUCUGCGCUCGCUUGCUACUGCUAGCACUUGAAAAAGAACUUCCUGCUGGCAUCGACUACUAGUCCACUCUAUGGAAUGUUUCGCGCUUUCCUUUGAAUGAAAAACCUCGAUGCAACUGCCACAUGGACGGACGCCACUGCUGCGGCGCUGUGCGGUCCUACUUCUGUAGGGACG